GAGUGUUUCUCCCAGAGCUUUUCCAACAUCAGGCAUAUUUGUAUAUUUUUCCCUCAGUUGAAAUAACAGCUCCGUCCAAAGGCAUGGGCUAAAAUAGGAGAGACUGGUCUCUACUGGCAAACAACUAGCAGCCACAGAAGACUCCCUACCUGGCCCCAUAAAUACCAAGCUUGUAUAACUAGUUGUGGCCAGAUACAUACACAAACACCACAGUCAUUGCUGAACCUCAGCUCUGGAGACUGUGUCCAUCACUUUUAAUGCUUAUGGUGCUGCUCCUAGACAUGUGCCCUGCCUCCUCGUUUGCUCCACUUUUAUCCUCAGCUCUCCCCUGGGUCCCAGACGGCAUCAGCCUCGCUCCCUCCCCUUGCCAUUUUCCUCACGCCUCUUGACACAGCGGCUGCAGCUCGCUCUUCGGCUCUUUGCCGAGGCUUUUGCAUCCUUCCCUGCUUCUCUGAGAGCAGCAGCGUCUGCGGCUCUGGGUCACUGGGUGGCAAAGAUGCCUUUGCCUUGAGGCGCCGCCGGUCUCCCCCGUCCUGUUCCCUCGUCUUCGGCCUCAGCAACUCGGCGAAGAGGAAGGAAACAGGGUGACAAGCCACCGGCGCGGCUCCAGAACGGUGAUGCUCUGCCCCAGCCCCCCGGAGGACUCCUGAGCACCGCGUUGCCAUAGUGACAGCUCCGGCGCCUCCCUAGAUAAGGCGGGAGCAUCAGCUGCAGCCCCAGCUCCGGAAAGGUCCCGCUCCAGCCGAAUCGCACCCUCCCCACCGCCUCACACCGCUUCUAGUUUCAAAGGUGGGGAAAAACCCGUUUUGAUGAUGUCAACAGAAUGUGUUCAACCACUUGAUAUCCCAGAAGACAGACUGGACAAGCGAGAUUCACACUGUAACCAUUUAGAUGAUCUUUCAGAGCAGCUGAUUAAGAGCUGUGACCUCAAAAAGAAACCAAGAAAAGGUAAAACCAUCCAGGCUUCCCAAAACACUGAACAGGAGCAAAAAAAGCCAAGGAGAAAAGACACACCGGCUUUACACACCCCACCACCCCUAACAGACAUACUUUCAGACUUUUCUGAUAACCUGCUGAAAAGAUAUGGUAUCACAGAGAAGCCACAGAGAGAGAGAGUGAGUCCAGGCUCUCAGAUCACCGGACUGGAGCAGAAAAAGCCCAGGCGAAAAGAUACACCUGCAAUACACAUUCCACCCUUGAUAAUAGGAACUAAGCUGCUUACAGAAGAAAAGCAAACAGUGAUUAUGGAAGAUGAAGAAAAGGAUGGAGACACAAUCCCCAGCUAAGAUCACAGUGAUAUUUCCAGUAAUGCAGUGUAAAUAAUUCUGGGUCAUUCAAAGUGGCAGCACAUAGGAAAAACAGUCCUUUCAUUUUUAUAAAUAACAAUUUUCUCAAGCAUGUACUUGAAUUUAAAUUAUCUUCAAGUGCUUAUCUGCAUCUCAUGAAAUCCCAGCAAGCGUCAUAGGAAAUGAUGACAGAAAUUUCACUUACUUGUGGGGUUGGAAGGAUUCUCUUGGUGUACUAAAAACAGCUUCCCAGGAUUUUUGUCAAUGAUGAAUCCACCUCAAAUCAGAACUAUCUCUGUGCGGUGUGGUGAUUAGGGUUAACAUCAAAGACACCACCAAUCCACUGUACCUGGCAUGAGAUUACAGAGCGGUUGGUAGCACAGGGCGGUAAAACAUCAACUAAUGAUCCAAAUUGCAUUUCUUUCCUGACAAUUCACUUAAUUCGUCCAGGUUUCCUCUGCUGGAAUAACACUGACCACAGUGCAAAUUGCAUGUGCAGAGCUGAUGGGAUAGAUGGAGAGAGUGGGAGGGCAGGAACCCACUCUGAAAUGUCCCCAAAAUGCAAAGCAAACACUUCCGCUGCCUGUAUCUGCUCCUAACUUGUAUUUGUGAGGAGAAAAAGGUAGAUUUACUGUAGUAUAAAAACUUACAGCUAAGGACUGUCAACAUGGAUGCAUCAAACAGGACAGAGGCCAGAGCUCUCAGAAGAGAAACAUAUGGGAAGUGCAGCGCCUGCCUCUUACACCAGGGUAGACUAUGGAUUUUUUUUCUUUCAAAGGUUUUAUUUUUGGGUUGGUGAAAGAUAAACUACUCGGAUAGUUGAUCCUUGUACUCCAUACUUUUUUCUUUUGAUACCUGCUUUUUAAACUGAGUCCUAGGUUGUCAGUUAGGAGGGGCUGUAACAAAAACCACAGCAGGAGAGUAAAACUUGAGUAAAAGGAACAGUGUUACUCAAUGGCAUACGUAUGCUGCAAGGUGGAAUAGCACCAUGCGCUUUUUUAAGUAGUUUACCUCACUGAAUCAAUCAAGAACUGUUUUCACAGCCAGCUACAGCCUUCAGCAUUUGUACAAACAGAGACAGGUACUUGUAGAAUAUUAUACAAAAUAGGUAGAACUGGGUAUUUUUGUGCUUACCUUAAUAGCUCUGUGUGCUGGAUGGAGCAGCGCUGCCAGCUGGAGCCUUAGGUACAUCAGCAGAGGUUAAAGAUUAUCUAGCCUGGCAGACUGAGUUUAGUUAUCUUUUAAAAACCCCUAGGGAGACAGCUGAGGAGCACACUAUUUUGGAUUUCAUUUGCCACAGUGACUGACCCAGCAUCUUUCAUGAGAACGCAGCCCAUUCUCAGAUAUUCAGCUUCCAGAUGUAAUCAACAAGCUUAUAAUAAAUAAUCAUGUAUUAAAGUGUACAAGAAAUCAGCUGUAUUAUUAAUGGGAUGCCUGAUACCUAGGAGAUGUAUUUUUUUUAUCCUGUUAAUCUAUCAGAGAGACAAGGUCAUAGUUAAUUCAGUAAAGUGUGUCACGGCAAGUAUAUGACAAGAAA